CUCUCUCUCUCUCUCUGUGUGUGUGUGCGCGCAUUCGGAAGCCGCGCGGACGUUUGUGCCCGGCGCAUGCGCACUCCGGCGACGUCUGGCACUCGCCUCUCCAGUGUCUCAUUAAUAUUCAAACGCGCGACGAGCGAGCUCUCUGAUUGGCUGUAUCCAAGACGACCUGUGCAAACACACACACACACACACACACACGAAUGCGCCCGUGAAAGACGUAAACGCAACGAAUAUUGAUGAAAUUAAUUUAACCUAAUAAGAUUAUCUUCUGAAAAUGGAGGAGCAGUCACUUGAGGAAACGCAUCCUGAUCCGAAGUCUGAAGAUCUGAAUGCGGAAAAGGUGGCAGACGUCGUCGACAGCGAUGAUUUGGCUAAACCUGAUGAUGAAAGCUGUGCAGUAGAAGUAGAAGUAGAAGUAAAAGAGACAGAGCAAGCAGUGACUGAAAAGGAUGAAUUGAGGAACAUGCAGAAUGCACCAGAAAACCCUGAAGAAGAAUUCGAAGCUUCAGUCAGGGGUGAUGAAUUGAGGAACACACAGAACGCACCAGAAAACCCUGAAGAAGAGUUUGAAGCUUCAGUCAGAAGUGACGAAUUGAGGAACAUGCAGAAUGCACAAGAAAACCCAGAAGAAGAGUUCGAAGCAUUAGUGAGAGGUGAUGUACAAGUUGGUGAUGUAUUUGAAGAGUGGGCCAACUCAGAUGUGGAGAUUUUUCAAAACAAGGAUGAUGUAGAAGAGCCUGAAAGCCAUGAGGACGAAGAUCACAGACAGUCUACAGCAGAUCUUCAACACAACCUUCAACUGGACUCUAAAGAGGAGCAGGAGCUCCUUCGAGAACUCCAAACAGAAAAUGAAAAACUGCGUCGGCUCAAUUACCAGCUCCAAACUAAACUAGCUGAAUACUUCUGGCUUAAACCGGACAUAGAAAUGCAGUCAGUUCAAGAAAAGAUUUACCCAAACCAAGGGUGCAGCCAGAAGUACUCAGACAUUAUAGAGGAUAUUAGAAGGCAGAGGCAGGACAAGAAGCAAAAGCAUCUCCAACACCACAAUGUAAAUGAGCUGCUUUGGCAGAACAAUGAGAAGUUAGAGCAAAUAGAGCUUGAGUGGAGCAUGCUAAUAUCAUCCAAGCGAGAGGUACUCAUUACAGGUCUGGAGCAGGCGAAUAGCAAGAUGGAGGCCCAAGCUGUGGCUGAGCGUCUGCUGACAGGUGCACAGAAAUGUGAGGAUGAGUUUGUCUCUGUCAGGCAUGAAAACUUCAAGUUGAAUCUAAAGCUGUCCAACUUGGAGCUAGGGCUCCAUGUUAGCGACGAUGAUCCAGAUGGAGAGAUGCACCACAUCGACUUCGAGCAGCUAAACAUUGAAAACCAGACUUAUGGUGAAAAGAUCCAGGAGUGCAGAGAGGAUCUGCUUAAGCUCAAGAGGACAUUACCCCAAACUGGGCAGAUUCUGAUGCAUGUGAAAGAGAAAUUGAGGUUUGUUCAGGUGGAGAACCAGGAGAAGCAGGGACAUUUUAAUGAAUUGGAUGCAUUGGUUCUGCAUGAGCAGGAAGCUCUGACACAGACCAUGCAGGCCCGGGACAUGCUACGCUUUGACAACCUGCGUAAGAGAAAGGACUGUGGCCUGCUGGGUAACCCAACACUACUUCGGAACCUUGAAGACACAGAGGAUGAGCGUCAGGCACUUGAGAGACAAGUAAAGAUGCUAGAAAGACGCUGAAGAGACACGCACAAGACCAUAAAUAUAUGUGUACAAAUAUAUGCAACACACAAGCAGAAACUAUGGCAUCAACUCUCAUUUCGCAUAUUAUUUUGAUGUACAGAUAUGGAUAUUUUUUGUCAUUUAAAUAAAGAGGGAAAAGAGAAGAAUUGUGGAAGUAAAGAAC